CUUGUAUAGUGGCCCCCACCCUUCCUAUUGAAAACUAAAAAUUGUAUAAAAAAAAGCCAUUUAUCUUCUGUGGUCUCGGAUUAUUUUCUUUCUUCCCUUUGUCAACUUUACAGCGCACAUAUCCUUGAGGAAAUCGAAGAAUAAAAAAAGCCAACACAAAUGCCAUUCAAAAUUGCAAAUCACGGUGGUCGCUACCUCUAUGUCGACCCAAACAACGAACUCAAGGCAGAUAACAAUUACGACUUGUCACGGACGCCAGACAAUUUGGCAGCCAAGGGAGACACGUUUGACGUCGACGAGAACAACCGCAUCGUUGUCAACAACGAGCCAGUGACAUUAACCGAAAAGGUCACUGGCAAAGAGCGGCCUACAAAGUUUGAUUUGAUGUUGGAGCAACUGAAUCCUGAGGAGUACGUCAUUCGUACAGCCGACAGACGCAAGAAUCAUCGUUACGUGUUUUCGGGGUUGGACAAGUUACGGGUCCAGGAUGAACCAAAUGCUAUGGCCAUGUUUUCUGUUGUGCAAGAGGAGGGACAUGCAAAUCAUUCGACACCACAAAGCAAUAAGCAGCAACAGCAACAACAUCAGCAGGACUCCCAGCACCCGCACCAGGAAUGCCAGCAACAGGAUCCUUCUGCACCUCAACAAUUUCAACAAGUACCCCAUAUGCCUCACUUGUUCUAAUAAGCUGAUAUACACACACUUUCUCUUUGACUAUCCGUCUCACUACCUCUUUAUAGCACCCCACUCUCUAGUGCGCCCUUUUUUUUUUUUUAUCAAAAAGCAUUUUAUGAUAAACAAGUACACUUGUCUAAACGUAUAUAUAUAUAAAGGAUUCUUGAAAACAUACAAAAGGUG